AUGUCUGGAAACGAGGCGUCUCGCGAUAGGCUCAUCAAUUCUGAUAAUGAAACUAAUCUAGAAGUGGCAGCUAAUAAUGUAUACGAAGCUAUCCUUGAAGACGAUGAUCCAGAUAUACAAGAUGAAGAUGUGUUGUGGUUGAGGGAACAGAGAAUGUUAAACAAAACAAUUCAUUGGGUGAAAAGGCCCUCUGUUACGAUGAUUAGUAUAAUAUUGUUCAUCAUUGCUUUCGGAGUUGCUAGUGGCGAGUCCACAAGAAGAAUUAUAAGUUAUAAGUUAGCUUGCAACUAUUUCACUAGAAUUAGAGACGACAAGCAGUGUGAUGCAAACGAAACGCAAGUUUUGGUUUCAAACUUGCAAUUGGCAUAUGCUCUUCUGUCAAAUGUGAUUCUGAUGAUACUAGCUGGAAAGAUAGGUCAAAUGUCCGAUAGAUAUGGCAGAAAACCUUUCCUAGUUCUUAUAGUAGGUUGUAACAUUCUUGCUAAGAUUAUACGGUAUUAUAUAAUGGCAAAUUACGAUUAUCUUAGAUUCAAUCUCAUGGUGCUUACAGAGAUUAUAGGCAAUCUUGGAGGAAGUGUCAUGGUUUUAAUUAAUAUUGUCAAUUGCUACGUUAGUGAUGUCACUGAACCACACGAGAGAAUCUACUCACUUGGUCUUGGCGUGGCUGCGUAUUUUAUCGGAACAAGCAUUGGACCUUUGGUCGGUAACUUUUUGAUAUCUGCUCCUCAAAAGAUGGCAAAUGACAAUGUUUUGAAUCUUAAAAACGCUAAACUGGCUGGCAGCGAAAUAGGUUCUCUGGAAUUUAUCCCUUUAAGAUUAGAAUUAGCAUUGAUCAUGUUGGCUUUCGUAUUUUCAAUAUUUGUCUUGCCGGAAUCAAGACUGCAAAAAGCACAGAAGAAGUCCAGAUCUCUAUCAGUGUCGAGCGCUGAAUCGAUUCACAGCUUAGGUGUACCAGUUUCAAAAUGGCGAAGCUAUCUUGACUCUGCUAAUUUUUUCAAGCCAUUAAGAUUACUCACCUACCCGGAUGAGAUAAUCAAUCCAUCGAAUAGAUGGAGAGCUUCAAAGGAUCGCAUGUCGGUAGGGAUCUUGAUCGUGGUCGAUUGCUUAAUAAGUUCUUUUAUGAUGACAUUUGUCGAAAUCCUUACCCUCUAUGGAAUUUAUGUAUUUGGAUGGGUGCAAAAGGAUCUAGGUCAUUUAAUGGCAAUUUCAUGCUUCUCUCGAGCAUUUGUCUUGAUGGUAUUGUCUCCUGCGAUCAAUCAUGUGUUGCAUAAAGUUGUAAAGUUCAAGGUUUUGAAACAUGAAUUCGACAUGAAUGACUAUGUCAUCUCUGCUUUUAGUUUCUUUAUUGAAACGGUUGGGUUCUUGAUGUAUGCUCUUGCUCCAAACACAAAAUUGUUCUUGUCAACUUCAGUAUUAACAAGUCUUGGCUCCAUAGUGGGACCGACCUUAACGUCAUCACUAAUCAAGUUCUACCCAGAGUCUAAAACAGGAGAACUCUUCGGGGCCAUCACUCUCUUUAAGAAUCUAUUACUAUUACUUUGUCCAAUUGCUUUAAUAUCAGCCUACAAGUUCUUUGUUGCAAGCCUUCAUCAUCCCGAAUAUAUAUUUUAUGUUGGUGCUUCCAUCCUUUUAGGUUGUUUGAUUGGCAUCUUGAUCUUAAAAAGAUUGGCAAAUUUGAGUAUCCACAGUGAGUCUGAGGUAUUAACCAGAAGUAAUUCUGUGUCGUUCAAUAAUAUUAAUAAUGAAACUGAUCCUUCCAGUUCUCGGGAUAAUGAGUUUACCAGAGAGCUUCAUAAGAACAGCUUCUCAGAUUUACACAGGAAAAAUAGCUUUACACAUCAACAAAGGACUCAAUCGUUCUCAUAG